CCAGAAGCCGAAUGAUCCGCGCAGGAAGGAGACUGCCCCGCCGGCGCCGUGUCAUCACCGCGCGAUGGUUUCCGGCGCGGCUUAAACCCUCCUCCUCCCCUCGCCGUCCCUCCCAAGUCCCAACCGCUAAACCCCGGCGAGCGGUGACGAUGCGAAGGCUCCACAGAUCUCUCCUCCUCGCCGUCCUCUCUAAGCCCCUCACUCGCCACCGGCCCCCACUUCCUCCCCAUCCUCACCGACUCCCCUUUUCCACCGGAGCUCUAAGCACGGUCCCUCCUCCUCCCGACGCGGCGCAAGGGACCGCCCGAGCCCGACCCGCCGGCCUCGCCUUCCUGGAGACCGCCGAGCUCCAGGAGUCCGCGGGAGACCACCAGAAGGCCCUCGACCUCGCCAUCAAGGCGCUCGGCCCCCUGCAGGAGUCCCACGGCGGCUGGUCGCUCCCCGUCGCGCGCGCGCUCCGUGUCUCCGGCGCCGCGGCCUCCCGCCUCGGCCUCCUCAGCGACAGCCUCGAGUCCCUCGACGCCGCCGCCGAGAUCGUCGACUCCUUGCAGGGCGGGGGCGCGGAGGCCGCGACUGUCGGCGCCGCCGUGCACGAUGAGCUCGCGCGCACCAAGACGGCCACGGGGCGCCUGUGGGACGCGGUGGCCAACCUCCGCCGCGCGCUGGAGCUCAAGGUCCGGUUCCUGGACCAAGGGAGUGCGGAGCUGGGUGACGCUUACAGGGACGUGGCGGAGGCCUACGUGGGAGUGCUGUGCUUUGGUGAGGCACUGCCGUUGUGUCUGAAGGCGGUGGAGAUGGCGGAGAAGCGGUUCGGAGAGGACUCCGAAGAAGUGGCUAAGGUCCGGCGGAUCCUCAUGGUUGUUUAUACUGGGUUGGGUUGCAACGAGGAGGCGAUGGCGCAGAAUGAACUUAUUAGGAGGGUGUAUGAGAGGCUGGGGUUGGAUGGGGAGCUUUCUCUGGUCGAAAUUGAUGGCGCCGUCAUUCGUAUUUUGUUGGGGAGAUCGGAGGACGCAAUGAAUGACCUUAAGAAGGUGAUGAAGCGGGCUAACAAGGAGAGCCUGGAACGUGCGCUAGCAUUUGUCACGAUGGCGAAGAUUAUGUUCUCUCAGGAGAGGUUUAGUGACUCAAGACGGUGCUUGGAGAUUGCCCGUGAGACUCUUGAUGCAAAGGGUUAUGGGAGCCCUGAUCGGGUUGUUGGGGCAUAUACAGAGAUAUCAAUGUUGUACGAGUCAAUGAAUGAAUUUGAGGUGUCUUUGUGUUUGAUGAAGAAAACACUUGCAUUUCUCGAGGGUGCAUCAGGGAUGCAGAACAUUAAAGGGAGCAUCUCAGCAAGGAUGGGUUGGCUCCUCUUGCAGACAAAACGAGUUGAUGAGGCUGUUCCUUAUCUGGAGAAAGCAAUUGAGAAGUUGAAGAACUGCUUUGGACCCGUGCACUUUGGGUUAGGGUUUGCUUAUAAGCAUUUGGGGGACGCUUAUCUUGAAAUGGACCAACUGCAAUCAGCUGUGAAGUUCUUUUCUCUUGCAAGUGACAUCAUUAAUGCUGCAUUUGGGCCGAAACAUGAGGAUUCGAUUGAGAUGAUUCAGUCCAUUGCAAAUGCACAUGGACUGAUGGGGAGCUACAAGCUUGCAAUGGAUUUUCAAGAACGAGUUAUAGAUGCUUAUGAAAGCUGUGGCCCUGAUUUCUCGUAUGAGAUAAGAGAAGCUCAUAGGCUUCGAGAACAGCUAAAGAUGAAGGCAGAAGGGUCACGUUCUGCAGUAUUUCCUGCAAAUUCGUUGCCCUCGCUUCUCACAGACCGAAAAUAGCGUCUCCCAUCAUCUGUUAGAUGAAGAUGACUCAAUGGUAAAUGAUAAUUUAAUCAGCAACCCCUCACUUAUUUUACCAUCAUUUUGGCACCCAUGGUCAAUAUAGAACUUAUUUCCUCAUCAAUGGAAUUAGAUGUGACCAUGCAUGAGUUUUAUUUGGGAAUAAAGUCAGAUAUUUUCCAUGUAGGAAACAUGAGCAUAUGGACUACCCACGUUGUUGGGACUUAAUGACCUAUACCUAGCAUGUAUGAUUGUACCAAUUUUCUUCGAAGUAACUUCAAGAGUGUUGUCAUGUAUUUAUAAUUUCACAAGGAUAUCGUGACAGAGUUAUUUCAGGUUGUAUUGGUUACAUUUAGCUACUACUCCACCCAUUUUGGUUUU